CCCUUCCUUUUACCUAUAUCUAGUAACCCAAUUAUUUCCCUCAAAUUAGGAUAUAUGUUGUGUGAGGUUAUGAUUUAAUUUAUUGGGUUCAAUUCCAUCAAUUUCGUUAUUUCUACUGUGUUAACGAUAAUAAUAUGUUAAAGUCGAUCAUAUGUUUAAACAACAUCUUUUAGGCUUGAAAAUAUUGAACCUUUUGCUUUAAUAUUACAUGUCACAUCAUUAAACAUAUUUCUUUUUGAGAAGUUUGACUCUAGCAUGACCUAUAUUCUUAGAGGUUAGUGGUUCAAUCAUCCAUUAUAGUUGUUGUGUAGAAAAAACAAAAUUAUAGUUGUUUGGGAUGAAAUCACUUUAAUGGCCAUUAGCUCCAUUUGCCCACUCUUUUUUGAGUUGCAAUUUGAACUAAGAUUCAAACUCUUGAACUAUGCUUUGAGUUUGAGUUUACCCAUUUUGAUAGUCAUAAAUUAGGGACCAUAAGGCCAUUGAUGAAUAAACCUCUUAGUUUAAAUCAGAAGGAGAAACAAAGUUUUAAAUUUUUUUUAUAAACACUUGAGAGAGAAUGCCAAGGAAAAGCUUCUGCGUGUACUCUCAUGUCAGACAUCUAUUCUUGUCUCCAGUUUCUCAAUACACAUUCUCCCGCCAAAUAUCACUUUCACCAUCACCCAACUUGAAAACUCUGUGUUCCAGUGGCCAAUUGAAGGAAGCAUUGCUGCAAAUGGCCAUUUUAGGCCCUGAAGUGAAGUUCGAAGGUUAUGAUAUAAUCUUGAAUGAGUGUGUUAGUCAAAGGGCUAUUAGAGAAGGCCAAAGAGUUCAUACCCACAUGAUAAAAACUUGUUAUUUGCCUUCCGUGUACCUCAGAACGAGGUUGAUUGUCUUGUACAAUAAGUGUGACUGUUUAGGUGAUGCGCGGGAAAUGUUUGAUGAAAUGCCCCAGAGGAAUGUGGUUUCUUGGACUGCGAUGAUUUCGGCUUAUUCUCAAAGAGGUUUUGCCUUUGAAGCCUUGAAUCUGUUUGUGGAAAUGUUAAGAUCAGAUACAGAACCAAACCAUUUCACUUUCGCUACCAUACUUACUUCUUGCUAUGGUAGUUUGGGAUUUGAAACUGGUAGACAAAUUCAUUCCAUUGCCAUCAAAAGAAAUUAUGAAUCCCACAUGUUUGUUGGCAGUUCACUUCUUGAUAUGUAUGCGAAAUCGGGUAGAAUUCGUGAUGCUCAUGGAGUUUUCCAUUGCUUGCCAGAAAGAGAUGUUGUUGCGUGUACUGCUAUCAUAUCUGGUUAUGCCCAAAUGGGUCUUGACGAAGAAGCAUUGAAACUAUUCCGUCAAUUGCAAAUUGAAGGAAUGAAUUCAAAUUCUGUAACUUAUGCUAGUGUCUUAACUGCCUUAUCCGGACUUGCUGCACUCAAUCACGGCAAGCAAGUGCACAGCCAUGUCCUUCGGUCUGGACAGUGUUCAUAUGUUGUUCUUCUGAAUUCUCUUAUCGAUAUGUACUCAAAAUGUGGGAAUGUCUGCUAUGCCAGGAGAAUUUUUGAUAGCAUGCCUGAGAGAACUUGCAUAUCAUGGAAUGCAAUGCUUGUCGGGUAUAGUAAACAUGGAAUGGCGAGAGAGGUGCUUGAACUUUUUAAAUUGAUGAGAGAAGAAAAUAAAGUUAAACCCGACAGCAUCACAUAUUUGGCUGUUUUAUCUGGUUGCAGUCAUGGACAGUUGGAAGAUAUGGGGCUUGAAAUCUUUUAUAACAUGGUAAAUGGAAAGGAUGGAAUUGAACCAGAUAUGGGGCAUUAUGGUUGUGUUGUUGAUUUACUUGGGCGUGCUGGCCGUGUAGAAGAGGCUUUUGAUUUCAUAAAAAAGAUGCCUUUUGUGCCAACUGCUGCUAUUUGGGGAUCACUAUUAGGUUCGUGUCGGGUUCACUCAAAUGUUGAAAUUGGAAUAAUUGUGGGUCAGAAGCUUCUAGAGUUAGAACCUGAAAAUGCAGGGAACUAUGUUAUUCUCUCAAAUCUAUAUGCUUCUGCAGGAAAAUGGGAAGAUAUGAGAAAUAUUAGGGACCUGAUGCAAGAAAAAGCUGUGACAAAGGAGCCAGGUCGCAGUUGGGUAGAGCUUGAUCAAAUUGUCCAUACUUUCCAUGCAAGUGAUCACACUCAUCCAAGAAGGGAAGAGGUGGCAAAGAAGGUAAAGGAAUUAUCCAUUAAAUUCAAGGAAGACGGUUAUGUUCCUGACUUGAGUUGUGUUUUAUAUGAUGUGGAUGAAGAACAGAAAGAGAAGGUGCUUCUAGGCCAUAGUGAAAAGCUAGCUUUGGCAUUUGGACUGAUUGCUACUCCUGAAGGAACAACAAUCCGUGUCAUCAAAAACCUUAGAAUUUGCGUCGAUUGCCACAGUUUUGCCAAAUUUGUGUCGAAGCUUUAUGCAAGAACAGUCAUCCUAAGGGACAAAAACCGGUUUCAUAAUAUAGUUGGGGGAGUAUGCUCUUGUGGAGAUUACUGGUAGGCUUUGAAGCUAUAAGUAGUAAAGAAGCCUUUUAUACAUGAAUUGAAGUAGCAUGUGAUUCGAAGAGUGUGAAGAACAGUUCAAGAUCAGCCUUUAAUUCAUAGUCUGGAAUAUUGUGGUGUUGUAGGAGAAUUCUUUUGGCACAGAGUCCCAACUUCCAGAUUUUUCUGACCAUACAGAGUUUAGUAUCAAAGCAACAGCUGCAAUAUCAAUAACUUUAGCAUUUCUCGGGCUUGGAGGUCGAAACAAGUCGCGGUAUCUGCUGCUGCUGAUGGUGAAAUAAUCAUCUAAUAGCUUGAGAUGAAGGCUUUUACUUUGAGGAAAUGGACAGAACGUGGAUAUCUGCCAUGGGAACUAGAGACUUUCUUGUGCAUAUGUUACUUAACAGCUUGUAGAUGUUGGAUUUAAAGGUUAAUUAAUUUAGUUUCUGAAAGUUUCAAUUUGGUUUUAUAGUUUAAGUCAGUACAUUCAUUGUCUAUAUAUAUUUUGUAUGAGAUAAUAAUACAUUCAUUGUUUAGAUA